UGUCUUGAAGAAUUCUUCUAUAAUCUUGAUUUUUAUAGUUUUAGACAUUCUUUUUUCUAACUUUCAUUCUUAAUAAAUCUAUAUAAGUCAUUUAUGGAUAGUAUGUUGUGGACAUAAAUGAAUCUGUGUAUAUAUCAGUAUAUUUUACUAUGGUGUGGACAGUGAAUAGUACAGAAAAAGAGUUAGAAGAGAAGAUAGCUCCAGUACUUUACCAUUUAAUGCAUUUGUCGGCUAAAACAAUUGGUCCCACUUACUUAAAAUAAUGCCAAACCUUGCAAAAUAGGAAGCAUUCAUGCCAACACUACACAUGGAAAAUGCACACAUGAUACUUGGUCCCACCACUUGAAUUUUUUCUAACUCUUUCUCUUCACGUCAACCUCAAACUCAACUGGGUCCCACUAACGCAAUCCUAACCCAAGGAGGGUCCCAACAAACUUUUCUGACCGUUAACAUUGACUUACCAUGCAGGUUACCGUAUACGAUUCAAACACUUUUCAACUACACUAAUAAUACUAUAUAAAAAGUUAAAACACGAAGAAAAGAAGUUCAGUGUCCUUAAUUUACUAAACCAUGGCAGCUACUACUUUCCAAUAUUGGCUCUCCUUUCUCUUCUUCACUUACUUUUUCAAUCUCGCACGUGCACAACUCCCCGGCACGUGGGAGGUAAUAGUGGAGAAUGCUGGCAUAGCUUCCAUGCACACCGCCGUGACCCGGUUCAACACCGUUGUCCUCCUCGACCGGACUAAUAUUGGACCGACUCGGAAAAUGCUGAGAAAGGGUCAUUGUCGUAACGAUCCAAACGAUGUCGUUUUGAAACAGGAUUGUUACGCUCACUCCGUACUUCUCGACCUUAACACCAACAAAAUCCGACCUCUGAUGAUCCAAACAGACACGUGGUGCUCCUCAGGUCAGUUCCUUCCUGACGGAACACUUCUUCAGACCGGCGGUGACCUCGACGGUCUCCGGAAGAUACGAAAGUUCGAACCGUGCGAGGCGAAUGGGUCUUGCGAUUGGGUCGAGUUAGACGACGUCGCAUUGGUCGAGGGGAGGUGGUACUCCACGAAUCAGAUUCUCCCCGACGGGUCCGUCAUAAUGGUCGGAGGUAGAGCUGCUAAUACCGUCGAGUAUUACCCGCCGAGAGAAAACGGCGCCGUUUCGCUCCCGUUUUUGGCGGAGGUUGAAGAUAGCCAAAUGGACAAUCUAUACCCUUAUGUUCAUCUUCUCCCAAAUGGGUAUCUCUUCAUUUUCGCUAACGAUAAAGCGGUGUCGUAUGACCACGUGGCAAACAAAAUCGUAAGGCAAUAUCCACCGUUGGAUGGUGGACCCAGGAACUAUCCUUCAGCUGGAUCGUCCGUCAUGCUUGCACUCGAAGGAGAUUAUUCAACGGCUGUGAUCGUAGUGUGUGGAGGAGCCAAAUUCGGUGCAUUUAUCGAGAAAGCCACGGACACACCGGCCCACGGGAGUUGUGGGCGGAUCAUGGCAAUGGGCCCCGAUCCGGUUUGGGAGAUGGAAGACAUGCCGUUCGGGCGGAUUAUGGGAGAUAUGGUUAUGCUUCCGAGCGGUGAGGUUUUGAUUAUCAAUGGAGCUCAAGCUGGAACUCAAGGAUUCGAAAUGGGUUCGAACCCGUGUUUAUACCCUCUUCUUUACCGACCCGAUCAACCAAUCGGGUUACGUUUCAUGACCUUGACUCCGGGCACGGUACCGAGAAUGUACCACUCCACCGCCAAUUUGUUACCCGAUGGGCGGGUCCUUAUUGCUGGGAGUAACCCACACUAUUUUUACAAGUUGGAAGCUGAGUAUCCGACCGAGUUGAGGAUCGAAGCUUUUUCGCCCGAGUACUUAAGCCCGGACCGGGCCAAUAUCCGACCCGUAAUCGAGGGGAUUCCGGAGACGGUGCGUUACGGCGAAGCAUUUGAUGUGCUGGUUUCAGCAACUUUGGGUUUUGUUGGGAUUGUUGAAGUCAAUCUUGGGAGCGCGCCGUUUGCUACUCACUCAUUUUCUCAAGGUCAACGUUUAGUCAAACUUGCCGUCAACCCAGCCGUUCCCGUCGAAGACGGCCGGUAUAAAAUCAUCUGUACGGCUCCGCCUAAUAGUAUGGUUGCGCCGCCGGGUUAUUAUAUGGCUUUUGCGGUCAAUCAGGGCGUGCCAAGUGUUGCUCGUUGGGUACAUUUAGUGUCUUAAGUGUUCCUACAGUUAUUUAUUUAUUUAUUUUCGAUUGCUAAAAUUGAAUUUCGUUAAUUGUUUAUAUAAAAAAGAAGAAGACCAAGAAGAUAUAUUUAUAUGUUGUAAUAUUGAAGUGGGACAUUAUAUGAAUAAGUUGUUGAUAUACAUA